GUUUUGUGGAAAGGUACCGUUCAAAGGGCGAGCAGCAGCUCUUGGUACCGCGUGCUGGGAUUUGGCAUGCGAGUGUGUCAUCAGUCAUUCAUUUGUUUUAGACGAUCCAGACCUGAAAGAUAUUGACCCUACGGUAUUAAAACAUUGCCAUGCUGCAGCUGCCAUGUGUAUUCUGGAGGCAGGAAAGCAGAAUGCCGACAUAUCUGCUAUAAGCACAUGUCUAGAAGACUGUAAACUGGAUAAAGAGCGAAUAGAACAGUUUUGCACCGAAUAUCAGAAAAACAAGGAUGCAUUGGAAAUCCUAUUGGGAAGCAUAGGCAGAUCUCCUCUACAUAUAACUGAUGUGUCUUGGCGCUUGGAAUAUCAGAUCAAGAACAAUCAACUUCAUAAAACUUACCAGCCUUCUUACUUGGUGACCUUAAACGUAGAGAACAGUGAUUCAGGAUCGCACCCAGAUGUUAGUUUUAGUUGCACGAUGGAACAGUUACAGGAUUUAGUUGGAAAACUAAAAGAUGCUGCAAAAAGUCUAGAAAGAGCGUCUCAGAUGUGA